GUAGUCUCACUCGCAGCCUAGUACUUGUCGGCAGCAGAGUCUUGCCAAAUUUCCUGUGUCUUUUCGUGUCGAUACCUAAACUAACGAACACACCUCAAUCACAAUGUGUGACGACGAUGUUGCUGCUCUUGUCGUGGACAAUGGAUCCGGUAUGUGCAAAGCUGGAUUCGCUGGAGAUGACGCCCCAAGGGCUGUCUUCCCCUCGAUUGUCGGUCGCCCCAGGCAUCAGGGAGUCAUGGUCGGUAUGGGACAAAAGGACUCAUACGUAGGCGACGAAGCCCAGAGCAAGAGAGGUAUCCUCACCCUGAAAUACCCCAUCGAACACGGUAUCAUCACCAACUGGGACGACAUGGAAAAAAUCUGGCAUCACACCUUCUACAAUGAGCUGCGUGUCGCCCCCGAAGAACACCCCGUCCUUUUGACCGAAGCUCCCCUCAACCCUAAGGCUAACCGCGAGAAGAUGACUCAAAUCAUGUUCGAAACCUUCAACACCCCAGCCAUGUACGUCGCUAUUCAAGCUGUACUUUCUCUGUAUGCCUCUGGUCGUACCACCGGUAUCGUCUUAGAUUCUGGAGACGGUGUUUCUCACACUGUACCCAUCUAUGAAGGUUACGCUUUACCCCAUGCCAUCCUCCGUUUGGACUUGGCCGGUCGUGACUUGACCGACUACCUCAUGAAGAUCUUGACCGAAAGAGGCUACUCAUUCACAACCACCGCUGAAAGAGAAAUUGUUAGGGACAUCAAGGAAAAACUUUGCUAUGUUGCUUUGGACUUCGAACAAGAAAUGGCCACAGCCGCUGCCUCCACCUCUCUGGAGAAGAGCUACGAAUUGCCUGAUGGACAGGUCAUCACUGUUGGAAACGAAAGGUUCCGUUGCCCAGAAGCCCUCUUCCAACCUUCCUUCUUGGGUAUGGAAUCUUGCGGUAUCCACGAAACCGUCUACAACUCCAUCAUGAAGUGCGACGUUGACAUCCGUAAGGACUUGUACGCCAACACUGUACUUUCCGGAGGUACCACCAUGUAUCCUGGUAUCGCUGACCGUAUGCAAAAGGAAAUCACCGCUCUUGCUCCGUCCACCAUCAAGAUCAAGAUUAUCGCACCCCCAGAAAGGAAAUACUCCGUAUGGAUCGGUGGAUCUAUCUUGGCUUCUCUUUCCACCUUCCAGCAAAUGUGGAUCUCCAAACAGGAAUACGACGAAUCCGGCCCUGGCAUCGUUCACCGCAAAUGUUUCUAAACACCUCUCUAUCUUUCUGUAUCCAUCGCAUUGCAUAUAUACAUACACACUUAUGUCUCUUAUAUUUAUUGUUAAUAUUAUCACUGUCAUCGUUUUUUGACGCCUAAUAACGAUGUGUAAAUACUACUUAUAUAUAUUUAUGCCCUACACAGAUAUAUCUCAGUGCGAAAACAGACUGUCGAGUAAUAUACUAUUGUAAGCGACGUAUUUAGGCCGUCUAAUUAUUAUACAUAAAUAUUUUU